AUGGGUAUUUUAGAGAAAAUAUCUGAAAUCGAAAAAGAAAUAGCAAGAACUCAGAAAAAUAAAGCCACUGAAUACCACUUGGGUUUAUUGAAGGCCAAGUUAGCUAAAUACAGAUCUCAGCUACUUGAACCAUCCAAAAAAGGUGGCGACAAGGGUGAAGGCUUUGAUGUAUUAAAGUCGGGAGAUGCGCGAGUGGCGCUUAUAGGUUUUCCGUCAGUAGGUAAAUCUACUCUUUUAUCAACACUGACGCACACACACUCGGAAGCUGCUAGUUAUGAGUUCACAACACUGACUUGCAUCCCUGGAGUAAUAGAAUACCAUGGUGCCAACAUUCAGCUUCUUGACUUACCUGGUAUCAUUGAAGGUGCUGCCCAAGGCAAGGGUAGGGGAAGACAGGUGAUAGCUGUAGCGAGAACGGCUGACCUGGUGCUGAUGAUGCUGGAUGCAACUAAACCCUAUGUGCACAGACAAUUGCUUGAAAAGGAGUUGGAAAGUGUUGGCAUUAGGCUCAAUAAGCCUAAACCUAACAUUUAUUUUAAGGUGAAGAAAGGUGGUGGCCUCUCAUUUAACUCGACGUGUCAGCUCACUAAGGUUGACGAGAAAAUGGUGCAGAUGAUUCUACAUGAAUACAAGAUAUUUAAUGCAGAGGUACUUUUCCGCGAGGACGCAACAGCUGAUGACUUAAUAGACGUGAUCCUUGCGAACAGAGUGUAUCUGCCGUGCUUAUAUGUGUACAACAAGAUUGAUCAGAUCUCCAUACAGGAGGUGGAUAGGAUAGCGAGACAACCUAACUCUGUCGUCGUUAGUUGUAACAUGAAGCUAAACUUAGACUUUUUAUUGGAUACGUUGUGGGAAUACCUGGCUCUCAUCCGAGUGUACACCAAGAAGCCUGGACAGCCCCCAGAUUUUGAUGAUGGACUUAUUUUGAGGAAGGGCGUGACGAUCGAGCACGUGUGCCACGCCAUCCACCGCACGCUGGCGGCGCAGCUCAAGUACGCGCUGGUGUGGGGCACCAGCACCAAGUACUCGCCGCAGCGCGUCGGCCUCGCGCACUCCGUCAACGACGAGGACGUCGUGCAGCUCAUCAAGAAGUAG